AUGGCUACUAACAACCAAGCAAAACUAAGAGUCUCAAAGUACAAUAAUCUAAAUGAAGAAAGUGAUCAAAAUCAAUCUACAAGUUCAAACACAAGUAAACGAGUUGUGUUGCCAUCAUCUUAUGUUUUCAUUUCUCAUCCGAUUUCAGAUUUCGCCGAUGAAAUGAAGAAAGCCAGAAAAAUUGGCGCGUUUAAAGAGUACAUGGUUGGAAGAAGCAGCGAAGUUACUUUCGCUACUGUGUUUGAGAAAUACGAAGCGAUUAUUCGAUAUCUCGCGGCUUUCGAUUAUACCGGAGAGAAUUUGAAGACUAGUCAUAAACAAGAGGCGGCGAAACAUUGUAAUUGCACGAUUGCUGAUGUGGAGAAUGCACUUGCGAAGUUUACUUGGGCUAAAGAAGCUCAGAAGAAGAUUCAGGAGUUGAACAAAGAAGGAAAACCAAUGCCCAAAAACAUUGCUGAACUCCAAAAGCUGGUUGGUACAAAUCCAUUGGAUCUUGCAAGGUCUAAUUUGGCUAAAAGUGGACAAGUUAGCAGGAAUGCCCCUUGUCCAUGUGGUUCAAAGAAGAGAUAUAAAAGGUGCUGUGGAAAGGAUUGA